AACCUUUGCAUGCGUUUCUGAUUAUUACCUUCUUUAUAUAUUGGACUCAUUGAAAACCAACUCACGUCCACCACUUUUAAGCCUUGCGCUUGCGCGUAAUGGAGCCGAGAGGUGUCCAUGUGGUGAAAUGAGAAAAGGCGGUCCCCUCCCAUUCCUCAACAGAGGACGGCGCUCCACCUGCGAAAAGAUGUCACUUCAUAAGUAACAACCCGGGCCAGCGGGGCUUUCUUCUCGGCAGCGGCUCUUAGAUUCGGACCGACGCAAAAGGCGGUUCCGGGCGAUGCGUUUUUGGAGUUUCACCCUCUCGGCGUCCGACGACCGGACUGAUGUCCACUGCGCUUCCAGAAAUCUGUUUUGGGGAGUCAGAGUUUCGUGAAACUAAACUAUGAAUUGUGGCUGCGUUGAGGAAUGUCUCCUUUAUUCUUCUUCGACACAAGAACCCCUAAACGCCAACGACUUGUUCAGGAAGAAAGCGGCACCCCUAUUUGGAUUAUGUGUUUGACCAACGUAAACAUAUGGAAGAAAUAAAAAAGUGAGCACAUGGGAAACCCACCAGGAAUGAAUCGGUCCUUUAUUAAGGUUUUGGCAGCUUUAUUUACGUAUUUCAUGGAGACAAACCACUUCAGAGUUGUGGAUGCCAAGGAGCACGGUUCCAGACCAUCCUCCAACAUGUCUCCAUCCGACUUUUUAGACUCACUGAUGGGUCGCACGUCUGGGUAUGAUGCACGAAUAAGACCGAAUUUUAAAGGUCCACCAGUUAAUGUUACCUGCAACAUAUUUAUCAACAGCUUUGGUUCUAUAGCAGAAACUACAAUGGAUUACAGAGUGAAUAUCUUCCUGCGGCAGAAGUGGAAUGACCCUCGGCUGGCGUAUAGUAAAUACCCAGAUUCCUCCCUGGACCUGGACCCGUCCAUGUUGGACUCCAUAUGGAAGCCCGACCUCUUCUUUGCCAACGAGAAAGGGGCCAACUUCCACGACGUAACCACGGACAACAAGCUGCUGCGGAUCUUCAAGGAUGGGACGGUCCUCUACAGUAUCAGGUUGACUCUCAUCUUGUCUUGCCCGAUGGAUCUGAAGAACUUCCCCAUGGAUGUCCAAACUUGUACCAUGCAACUGGAAAGUUUCGGCUACACCAUGAACGACUUGAUCUUUGAGUGGCUGGAGAACGGCGCGGUGCAGGUGUCAGAGGGGCUCACGCUGCCUCAAUUCAUUAUGAGGGAAGAGAAGGAGCUGGGAUACUGCACCAAACACUACAACACUGGUAAAUUCACCUGCAUAGAAGUCAAAUUCCAUCUGGAGAGACAGAUGGGGUACUACCUUAUCCAGAUGUACAUCCCCUCCCUCCUCAUUGUCAUCCUCUCGUGGGUGUCUUUUUGGAUCAAUAUGGACGCUGCUCCAGCCAGAGUGGCGCUGGGCAUCACCACUGUGCUGACCAUGACCACGCAGAGCUCCGGCUCCAGAGCUUCUCUUCCAAAGGUCUCUUAUGUGAAAGCCAUUGAUAUCUGGAUGGCUGUGUGUCUGCUCUUUGUAUUUGCUGCAUUGCUAGAAUACGCUGGGGUUAAUUUUGUCUCCAGGCAACAGAAAGAGUUCCUUCGCCUGAGGCGAAGACAAAGGAGGAAUCAAGGGGACGAUGGAAUCCGCGAUGGCCGCUUUAAUUUCGCUGGCUACAACGUGAGUAAAUGUCUGCCAACGAAGGACGGCUCAGCUGUUAAAAACGCUGCUCCUCCCGCGAACCCUCAACCGUCGGCCCCCAAGGACAUCGACACCAUACGGAAGAAGUUUGUGGACAGAGCUAAGAGGAUAGACACCAUCUCCAGGGCUGCCUUUCCUUUGGCUUUCCUCAUCUUCAAUGUCUUCUAUUGGGUCACCUACAAAAUCAUCAGGCAUGAGGACAUCCACAUUAAGACUUAACUUUUGACAGACAACAUGUGUUUCUCUGUGUGAGGAAUGCUUGGAGGGCAUCUGGGCAUUGAGAGGAGCCCUGGUGGGGUUCUUUCAGGGAUAAUGUGUAAUGUUCAUGCAUCUUAAGGCUCAUGUUUGGAUGUUGUGAACAGCUCUUGAUUUUGGUUGUUUUUGUUGAACCGCCUCAUAGCAUUUCCUGAAGAAUCCUGGGCAACGGUUUACACGCUCGACAGGAUGGACCAAUUUUUUCCUGAAUCGAUUUUGCCAAGGCGUCGUUGCUAAGGAACAAAGAAACAUUCCAUGGGUUUGUAACUGUAAGGUAGCAUAAUUAGACACUCAAACACUUUUUGUGUUUGUAGAAAAAGGGUAUUUCUUAAGGAUGUUUAGGACUCUUUUGUAUGGUAUUGUUGUCAUGGCACUUUUUCUCUGUUUAUACUAAAGAAAGCAGCGUAACGUGCAGGCAGGAAGCACGCCCAGACACAUCGGUCAGACACUCGGCGGCACAUAUUUUCAGGCAUGAGCAUGAACAAAGCAUAUGAAAAUCUAAAACCGGGAAUUGGAUACUGAAUUUUGAUCAAAUACCUGAGGCCUUAGACAUCAAAGAUUUGGAGAGAUGAAGUGCUGUGCUUCUCUAUUUUUUUUUUCCAAGCAUCUCCGCUCAUCCAGCGGUCUAUCAGAGCCGGAUGCAGCGUUUGAUCUUUUCUAACUGGGGCCAGACAUCCACUCGUAGUUUGGUGUAUUAUAAAUCAUAUUUUCGGACAAGGAAUGACACUUAAAUUCAAUGUAAGUUUAUUGCAGUGUUGAAAAAGUCACAAUGUUCCUUUUCCAUUCAAAAGUCAUUUAUACAAAUGUAUAUUUCACACGCUGGGUUCAGAAACGCGUAAGUGUACAGGUGAGCCUACAAACUGUGAACACGCACUGCAUUACUCAACCACGUCAUCUGUUCAUAUGCACAUGAAUUCAUUUAUACUCCAGGUAAAUACUCCAGGUAUCGUUUUAGAGUUUGAACCUAUGUUUCCGUAGAAUUAGUGUGAUUAAAUAUAUAUUGUAAUGGAGGAAAGGUUAUGUUAACUUAAGAAAAAAAAAAAAAACUGCUUUCUCUAGACUUCGUCACGCACUGCUCUGGCCUCCUCUCACUUGGCGUGUUUGUAGCAGGAGGACGAAACGUGUUGGUGGAUGGAUUAAACAGCGAGGGACAGAACUGCAUCACAUUCAUGGUAUCAAUGCACUCCUGAUAUACUGUGGUGAAGAACUCCUUUCUUGAAUGCUAUUCCUGAAAAAAAAGCUUAUUUACUGGUCCGUACGUCAAUAAAAUUGACUGCACCAAAUUUA